CGGGACUCGAAGCAGAAACAAUCACGGGAGAUCGAUAAGCUACGCGACGAUUUAGAGGACCUAGAAGCUUCGCUUAGAGAAAAGGAUCGUCUCAUCGAAGCACCAAAGACCACGAUGCUAUUGCUGAACUCGAAGUCGAACUUGAAAGUGCGAAACAGCAGAUGGCAGAGUUACAAGAUCGCCUGGAGCAGUCUAGGUCCGAAACUGAAGAAGCGCAGAACGCAGAACAAAGAGCAAUGGAAGAGAAAGCCCAGGCCGAGGAGGACCUUAGAGAACUUCAAGAUGAGAUGGCCAACAAAUCUUUCACCACGAAAGGUCUAAGUCGUCAACUUGAAGAAAAAGGCUCCAGGCUGGAAGAGGAACUACAGGAAGCCCGAAAACAAAAUGAUACACUGAAAGACGAACUCGAAUCCAAAGCGCGCCACGAAGCUCGUCUAGAGGAACAAUUCCAGAAAGUCAGGCGUGAAAUGAACGAAGAGAGGCAAAGACUGCUAGAUGAAGCUGAUAUCUCGAGAGACGAGCUGAAUACGCUCCAGCAAGAACAUGAAAAGCUUGCAGCACAAUUACAAGAUGCUCUCGACGACCUGAAACGCAAGGAGGAUGAAAAAGAUCUCUUACAUACGCGGCAUCAUGCCUUGACAGAUGAAUCAGGAAGUCUUCAGCGCGAGCUCGCCCGAGCUCAGUCUACAAUCCGCGAACUUCAGCAAGCUGUUGAUGACGAAAAACGAAAUUCAUUAGAGAGCAACCAGGGACUUCGAACGCAAAAUAAAGAAGAAAUCGAACACCUGCAAGAGGAAAUUGAGUCUCUUCACCAUGAGAUCGAAGACAAGGAAGGCAGAUUUGCUCUUGACGAGGAUCGAUGGGAGAGCACCAAACGGACUUUGCAGCUUCAGAAAGAAAGGGCUGAAGAACAAGCAGCUGGCUUCAAAAGAACUAUCGAAAAACUUCAGCAGGUUGAGCAUUCGCUCUCGGGCAAGGAGAUUAAGCUCCAGGAGGUCAUCGAUAGUGAAAAGACGCGACAUCAUCACGAAGAAGCUGUCUUGAGUCGUCAAGUGCAAGAACUCAAUGACGACCUGGCAUCGAAACGGCAGGUCAUCGAGGAAUUGCGGACCGAUUUUCUUUCCACCAAGGAAGAGCUACGGAUCUCAAAACGCGAAGAGCAAGCCUUGAAGGAGAAAGUUCAAGCCUUGGAGGAUGAGGUUGUCAUCCUGCAAGCAAGUCUCGAGGACGAACGAGAGUACGCUAAGGGUAAAGUGAAAAAGGGUCCUUCUGACAUUGAAACCCAGCUUCAAAAGGCAACAACAGACAAGCAGAGUCUCCGGGAUCAGCUUGCUAAUGCUAAUGUUGAGCUUCAUCGUCUCAAAACUUCACUAGCUGAGUUUGAGGUGGAACGUGAUGAGCUCCAGGCUCAGCUCGAUCAGGCACAGAAUCAAGCUGGCAAUACACACCAAUUUGACAAGGAGAAGGUCGAUCUGCGCAAGUCCAAGCUUCGACUUGAAAGUGAGGUGACGAGACUCAAGGAGGAGAGGUCAAGUCUCGUCAAGGCAAAAGAAUCAAUUGAAACCCAGCUGAAUGCUGAAAUUGAGCGGGCCACAACAGAUGAGAACCGAUUGUCUGCCGAGAUUGAUCAGCUCCAGGAUAGAUUAGCAACAGCCAGCGGCGACAAAGACCGAGAACUUGUGCUCUCGAAGAGCAGAACACAGCGCCUUGAGAGACGUAUCCAUGAACUGGAAGCACUUGUCGAACAACAGGUCCAUGUGGAACCAGAAGUUUCUAUUGGAAAUGCGGAUGUUUCGCUGCUCCGCCAUAAUCUUGACGAGGCACGGAAACGCGAGAGGGCCUUGCUCCAACGUGAAGCUGAUCAGAAAGCUUUAGUCCGAAGCUUCAAGACACGGAUCGCGGAUCUGGAGAAAGAGCUCCAUGACGCUUUGAUGAAGAAAUACGACACCAAUUCUCCCGUCUCAUCGCCCUCUGAUAAACUUCAUUCGGAGCUACGAAGCUUACGGAAACAGCUUUCGGAGGCGCAUAAAUCUCUAAGAGAUUUGAGAGCCAAGAAUCGAGACCUGGAGCGUAAUGCAAUGAGGGAAGAGGACCAGAGAGACCUGCACGAGCUGCUCAAGUCUUCCACCCUGGAGGCUGAAUCUUUAGCGCUCAAAGUCUCGGAGCGUGAUGCUCGUCUGAACGAGCUCAAAACCCAAGUGCGCAAGGUACGAGAAGAGCGAGCAUUCUGCGUGAAGAAGGCCGAGACGGCUUCCAAAGAAUUGGCUACACUUCAAGAUCGCUACGACCAGGCUAUCGAGAAGAUUGGAGUGAAAUCAGAGAAUAAGGGCAGGCAUGAGAAAGAGAUCAGGGGUUUGAGCCGAGAAAUCAUAUGGCUACGAGCAAGGUUGAAGCGGGAGGAAAGGUUCCGUCGUGAUUUGGCUUGGAGUAAAGGCCUCAUGGAGCUUGGUGAACGAGUUAGAACUGCAUGCAACGAAGCCGACCUGAGAAUGAUCGCGGAGAUGGGCGUUAAGGCCCGAUCUCCAGAUCACAGUCGAACACCCCGACAUAAGUUCAAAACUGCUAUUUCGAUGGUAGUAGCCACCGUUCGCAUGCAGAAAAUGGGACGAGAAUGGAAGAAAACAAAGAAGUUGAGCGAAGGUCUGAAACGCGCAAAGAACGAGGUUCUCAAGCGCAGAGAUGGUUAGCAGGGAGUUUGGAAUUUGCUGAUUCUUUCUUUAUUCAAUCCUUUCAAAUUUGCUCGUUUCGUCCAUUAGAUUACCCCCCCUCAGUGUUCUUAAUACACUGUAUCGUUGGUGUUUAUGUCUGGGUUUCUCGAAUGACUGACGGGCGUUUCUAUUGUUUUGGGAUGUGGCUAUUCCUUGAUGGCCAAUCUUUCUGUUUUACCUUGCAAUCGGGAUGCGGAUUUUGGAUAUUCACAUACGUCUGAUGAGAUGAAUAGCUAGUUAGCGUUAAGUAUGGUAGUUUGACGGUAGCGAAAACCGAUCAAUUAUUUCAGCAUAUCGGGAAGUAGAAAUAUAUGCCUUGAGGCUAUUAGAAUGCAG